GCGGGGGGCGCGCGCCGGCCCCGGUCCGGGAUGGCGGAGGCCUUGAAUCGUUUAAAAAACAAGUACAGAGCAAGAUUCUGCCAUGGAGGAAGAAAUAAGAUUGAUCUACAGCCAGGUCAAAACAUACUGAAAGUCAUACAGGAUUGCUUUGAAAGUGGCAGCAGUGACCUUACAGUAAACUCUCCAAAUUGCUCAACCUUUAUUUUGAAAAAUGAGAAGGAGACUUCAGUGCAGAGACAAAGGAUAAGUUCUUCCAAGGCAAGGUCAGCCAACUCUGUGAAAAGAGCCCGUGAGUCUGCAGACCCCUCACCCGCAUUGCCGCUGAAACCAGUGAGCAGCAAAGCACAGUCAUGUGAAUCACACUUGAAGACUGCAAAACACCAUUAUGUAGCUGCUUCUGAAAAAACAGAGACUCCUAUGUCUAAAAGUAAAAAAAAAAAUACACUAAAAGAUGUUGAAGCACCAUGCCAGCAUCCAGAAGUGCCUUUGGACUCUGGGAAUAAUCGUGGGUCUGUUGGAACACCUUUUCCUGUGGAGGAAGCAGAAAGGUCUCCUGUAGUUAAAUUGCAUUUUGAUAACUGGAGUACUCCAGCUGCAGCAAAGAGCCAUGGAGAAGUUGAAAAAUUGGAAGGACCUCAGCCUGGGAGACAUGAGCAGGCUGUUCCUGUGCAAGGAGCAAAAUGCGUUACUGCAUCAUCUGCCCGGGCAGAGACGUCUUUCUCUGCAGCUGUCUUAGCAGCUGUAGGCACAAGAACGCUUGGAAAGAGAUAUUCAACCACAGUAUUGCCACCAUCACCUCAUCCUGUGAAACAUCAAAAUAUAGAAAUAGAAAAUGAAUGUGAAUUUUCAAUUGAUGAAUCAGAUGGUGCAUCUUCUCCUUCUUGGAUUUCGAUACCCACUAAGAACAAAAAAUCAAAAAACGGUGGCUCUGCAACUCCCAUUUCUAAACCUCAGCCUUCUGGAAAGGAGAAGACACAGAAUAAGAAAGUCAAGAACAGAAAAGUACAGGUUAAAGCACUUACUAAACAGAAACUGGAUCAUCUGGAUGUUGGAGCUUUUAACUUCAAAGAAGUAUCAGAGUCAGAUCCAAACCCUAAUAGUGAAGAAAAUGUCCUUACAUCUCAAAGCCAAAAGAGUAUUCAUAUUGGAAAGACUGAAAAGGAUGCACUUAGACAAGACUCUCCAAACCAGGAAAAGAGCACAGUCUGGGAACCAGAAGCUGAAGAGCAGAUGUUGUCAUGGUCUGGAUUGGAAACAGAACCAUCUGAUGAAAAGCAGUGUAAAACAAAAAUGCUUCCAAGUGAGGAUUUGCCUAUGCCCUCAUCUGGGCAUCAGGAAGAGCAGUCUGUGCCACUAAAAAAGUCUCUCCAGUCUUCCAAGGAUAUGCAGUUGGCUUCUGAAGCUUCUCAGCAUUUAGUUAAGAAGAAACAAACUGCUAAGCAGAGACUUCCGGAAGUCAAAGUAUCUAAGAGAGGGACAGUAAGUCCAAAGAAGUGGCUUAAAUUAUCUGACCAGCAAAGUAGUAAUAAAAAGCCUCAAUUACAAAGAGAGGAGAGUUCUAACAAUGAACCUGGUGAAGACGAGCUUGAAAGAGAACCUGUAGGACUGAAUGAAAUGUGCACCACACCCUUACAUCAGAAAUUAGAGACUCCUGUGAUUCAGAAGUUGACCAAGUCCAAAAAGCCUCGAAAUGUAUUACACACACCAGAGUCACCUGGUGGUGCAAAUAACAGAACUCCUCUAAAAGCACUCCAGCAUCCCAUGGAGAGUGUGAAGAAUCCUGAAAAGAAGAAGCGUGCGUCUGCCAAGUCUUCAGGGAAGAUACCCAAAAAGAUUCCACGUAGAACCAAUAAUGCUCUUUCCUCAAGCUCUGAAGGCACUGAGUCUCAAACAGAUUCUGACAGCACUUCUGUACAGGACAUGUCAAGGAAAAAACAGAAGUUAUCAGAUGUGAAAAUAAAAAGUAACAAAAGAAAACGUAACAGACAGUAUGGACCACAGGGUUCCUUUGUAGCUGGGAAGGUUGUGAGUUGUGAAAGCGGGCCUGUUCUAGAAGGUAGUGACAAAUUUGCUUCCAGCACAAAAUCUCCUGAACAGGAUGCAUCUUCAGAUAAUUCUGAAGAUUUGAAUUACAAAUUAAAACAUCUGUUGUCAGACGAAAUAGCAAGGCAUAAAAUAGUAAUGCCAUCCAACACACCUAAUGUUCGUCGGACAAAAAGGAUACGGCUGAGACCUCUGGAAUAUUGGAGAGGCGAGCGCAUAAACUAUACUAUGAAGUCGUCAGGAGGGCUUGUGAUUAGUGGGCUAGUGCAUCCAGAAACAAAACCUGUCAGGAAGAGUAAAAGGACGAAGGAUUGUCCCAAGCAGAAAAGAGAUAACACAAAUAGAAGAGAGAUACCUGCAGGUUUGGACCACAGCCUAGCUGAUGCGUCUAAACCAGCCAUUGUACUGGACCCAGUAACAAAUAAGGAAGUAUGUGUAGAUUGUAUAAACACUGCAAGCAGUCACACUUACUUCUUCAAAGAUGAAGCAGUAGAAAUAUACAAAAAUUUGAAUACAUCUCUUUUUGCAACUGGUAGAUUGAUUCUGAAACCAUAUAAAGAAAAAGGGCACCAGUUUGUCCACAUGGAUACAAUAGCUUUCUAUAUUAUCCGUGGCAAAGUUAUUGUAACAUUACAUAAGACAUCGUAUUACCUGACUGCAGGAGACUGCUUCUAUGUUCCAGCAGGAAAUGGAUAUAACAUACGUAAUCUUCUGAAUGAAGAAAGUGUUCUUCUCUUCACACAACUCAAAGACAGAGAAACAAGAAAUACGUUGUUGGACGCCUCUUCCCCAUAACUUUACCUGCAAAUUGAAGAUCAUCUAAUGCAGAGGAGUUCUAAAGAAUAUUGAACAUUUUCAUCUGACACCCCAGUUUUAAGGGCAUGUUGUUUCAUUGAUCUUAAAGAUCUUUCUUCAGUGUAAAUGGUACAUACAUAGUUUGUUAUGAGUUUUCUUUUGUAUCAAUAAAUAUUAAGUAAAGCAAA